AUGGAAUCGCAACUGGAUAAGGUGUAUGCGCGUUUCUCUUCUAGAGAUGUACACAGGUAUAAAUCUUAUGUGAGACGAUAUCUUGAUUGGUGUGAAGAGCAUGAGUUGGAUGUUGGUAAUGGAUCGAAUGGGGAGGUAUGGGCGAGUGCAAAACGGGUUCAUUGGUUUUUGCAAGAUAUUUGGCGUGCUGGGGGCAGUGGGGUCGGAGAAUUGAAAUCGAUUGUAAAUUGCCUGCGACUUGUUUCCAAAGAGAUGGGGGGUGAAAGUAUGGAUAAAGAAUAUUUGGAUAACGUUAUUCGUUUGUAUCAGCAAGAAUCAGUCAUACAAAAUAGAAACGUUGGGCGACUGCAGUUCGAGAAGAUUUGUGUCAAUUUGUGGAAUUCAGAAACGCCUUCAUUGAAUGACAAGUAUUUCAAGACAUGUCAGGAUAAGCUCAAAUGGCUAUUGGAUUUUCAAUUAAAUUACUAUACGAAUGCUGGGCUGGAAGAGCGCAAGACCUGGUUAUUUGAAGAUUUUCAGGUUGUUGAGGACUCGGUGCUCGUAAUUCGGAAUAGAUGGGCAUUGUUACCUCAAGAAAAUGUGGUUUUUUGUCCACUUUUCACACUGGCUGUGUAUUUUCAUUUAAGGUUCUAUGGGGUUAAAAAGCACUAUCGUGGUGAUGGAUUUCCGAAUUUGUCUAAACAGGAGCUGUGGAAAGAGCUGCCUAUUAUUAGAGGUAAGUCAUUGACGAAAUUCCCAAGGGUAGAGACACUUGGAAACUAUUAUCCUGCUGUAUUCCAAUACUGUCAGCUGCCUUAUAAGAAACGGCUAUAUUUCCAAACACGAUUUGACGAGCCAGUUUUUCCUGUAGUUCAAGACCCAGUGAGUGAGAAUAGUAGUAAUCCAUGCUUUUUGAAUAACAUUGGUCGAGAUUUUAUCCUAGGUAUGAAUAAGUACUCUCUUCAAAGUGAGCUGCCUACUUUGGAUGUUCCUGAAGAUCCAUUGCUUUACGAAUUUUUCCCUGAUAUUGAGAAGUAUUCCGAAGUGAGCUCCGCUCAACAGUUUGUACAAGUAAUGCUUUUGCUGCGGAAGGUCAUAUUUAAGUAUCUUCCUUUACUGUACAACAUCUUUGGAAGCCAUGACCUAUUCCAAGAUCCGCUUUUCCAGAAACCUCAAUUAAUUGCGUUUCUAAACUCUAUGGAUUCUGACUCUUUGUCCGCUAUGCAGAUCCCUACACAGUUGUUGAUAGAAGUUCCCUCCAAAUCAGUAAUCAGUAAUGUAGAUUCCGCUGCCACACGGUCUCUUUCACCCUCAAAUGUUUUGACGUACGUCGUCCCAGAUCAACAAAAGCAACCAAUAACGGUAGCAGCUGUAGCCCAGGAAGCACAUGUCGAUGUGGAUCUGCGUAAAGAUACAUUACAAUUUGUUAAAGAUCAAACACUGUCGAAUUUUACCAUUCUUCUUCAGUUGCUCGCCAAAUUAUUUGAUAAACUUGAAACUAGACGCUCCAAUAAAAUUGUGAUUCAGUCAGAGCUAGACUCAUUGCAGUCCACAUUAAAGAGAAAAAUUAGUAAUUUGAACAGCAUUCCUAAUGCGCACUCCGAGGAAGCAUCAGUUAAACGUAUAAGACACAAUACCAUGGCUGCAGCAGACACCAGAUCUACCAAUGAAGGUAGUAAUAACAAUAGUAACAACAACAACAAUAAUAAUAAUAACAAUAAUAACAAUAAUAACAAAAAUUACGGCGAUGACGAUAGCGAUGGUGAUAAAGGAGACGACGAAGGUUAUGAAGAUAUGGAAGAACUCCAAGUUUUGGUCCAGCAACUGGUCCAAAGACAAGCAAUGCAAUCCACCAGUUUCAUAUUGGAUAAAGUGCGCACAGAAAUACGUGAUAUAGUGAAAGACGAAAUUCAACGCAACAUGAGCAAUAUUCAACAAAAUUUAAACUUACUCACUGCACCAGAUACUAAAUCCUCCCUUUCCGAAUCAUCCUCCUCUUCUUCCAGAAAACAAAGCAACUCCAAAGUAUUAUCAAAGAAUAGCGACAAACAGUCUACCGCCAACGACAACAAUAAACCCACCGAAAACACGUUCUGGCUUCAACCAAAUCUCACAUCCAUUGAAGAAGUAAUUCUCGAAUGGUUUACUCCAAACCAGCGAUUCCACGACGAAUGCAUACACUCCAUGAACCAAAAACAUGGCAAGGUUUGGAGAAAGACUACCGGACAAGAGCCAUUAUAUAAAUCUCGUAAGGUCAUCGUUGAAUUCUACAUCUACCUUGUCAAUAAUCUCCAAAUAGAUAGGCACGAUGCGGUGGACCAUUGUGAACGUUUAAGAGGCUCUCAGACCCUAUUGGACUUUAGUGAGUGGUUGAAGACUUACAAACAGACCCACGAUGGUCAAUUUCCAAAUAUUACUUAG